AUGGUGAACACGAGUACCUACACUGAUAUCGUCGGCAAACAUUACGGUAUCGGCAAGCAGAUUGGCGAGGGUUCCUUUGGCAUUGUUUUCGAAGGGAUCAACCUGCUCAACCAUCAGCAGGUUGCUAUUAAGUUCGAGCUGCACAAGAGUAAAGCUGCCCAGCUGCGCAACAAGUAUCGCAUGUACAAGGCCCUCAUAGGCUGUGCGGGGAUUCCCAAUAUGUAUUACUUCGGCCAGGAAGGCAUGCACAACAUCCUGAUUAUCGACUUGCUUGGGCCUAGCUUAGAGGAUCUGUUCAGCCACUGCAAAAGGACUUUCACAGUCAAAACUGUGGUCAUGGUUGGCAAACAAAUGUUGUCGAGAGUACAGGAAAUUCACGAGAACAACAUCAUCCACCGCGACAUUAAGCCAGAGAACUUUCUCGUUAGCCGGCAGGGAUCUGCAAGCGCAAAUUCGAUCUAUGUUGUUGACUUCGGCAUAGCAAAGCUGUACCGCGACCCUAUAACGAAGCAACACAUUCCGUACAGGGAGCGCAAGUCUUACACUGGUACAGCUCGUUACAUAAGUACGAAUGCACAUCUUAGACGCGAGCAGUCUCGUAGAGAUGAUCUGGAGGCUCUAGGUCAUGUUCUCAUAUACUUCCUCCUAGGUAGUCUUCCAUGGCAAGGCCUCAAAGCUACUACCAACGAGCAGAAAAUAGAAGAGUUCACCAAAUACCUCAGCUACGUCCGCAGCCUAGGCUUUGAAGAUGCACCUGACUACGACUACCUGCGCGGACUACUCACCAAAGCACUGAGAAACGCUGGCAAACUUGAAGACAAUGAAUACGACUAG